CACUUCAGCCUGGUCUCAAGAGGUUACCUUUGGAUGCAGGCACUGAAGCAUAGGCCACUCGCAUCACCGUGGUUUCUCGUAGAAGCCAUCAACAAGGAAAGUAAAAGUCGCAAAAUGGCGCCAAAGAAGAAGCCAGAGUCCGAUCCCAGUGGAAUGUUCUCAGGCAUGGUGGUGUUCUUGGUUCCCAAAGGAGUCCAAGUCCGUCGACUCCAGAUUUGGAAGGAGAGGUUGGUGCAAAUGGGGGCUGUGAUAGAGGAGCGCCUCUGCAAACGGGUCACUCAUGUUUUUGCUAUGAACUCAGAUGCGCUUCUUCAACAACUGGAUAGGGAACGUUUGGCACGUUUUAAAGGGAGAGUUCUCAUUUAUCAAUGGCUCGAGGACUGCUUGAAAUCAGGGGAGAUAGUAUCUGAAGAUAUGUAUGUGCUGAACUUGAACUCUCAAGGAAAACCUGAAAAGUCUUGGGACCUUCAACCAUGUCAGAGCGAUCCUCAGCAAUUGCAUAAUAAUAAAAAGACCAAAUACACGGAAAUUGUAAAUAAUGAAAGUAACGAUCAGGGAGGAAAAAAUGUUUCACUUUUAUCAACAAGCAGCCAUGAGGAAGGUGAUAGUUUAAGUUAUGGAAAUACAAGACCUCAACACCUUGAUUCUGAAAUUGACGAUUCAUCUUCAUCAUACUGUCCACCUGAUCAAAACAAAAACAUAACAGAGAUAUUUGGGAAACUUGUAACCAUAUAUAGAGCAUUGGGAGAUGAUCGAAGGUCCUUUAGCUAUUACAAGGCUAUUGCUGUAAUUGAGAAGUUGCCAUUUAAAAUUGAAAGUGCUGACCAGAUAAACAACCUACCAUCUAUUGGAAAAUCAUUGAAAGAUCAUAUUCAGGAGAUCAUAACUAGUGGGAAGUUAUCCAAAUUAGAACACUUUGAAGCAGAUGAGAAGGUAUUAUAACCAUUAAACCUCGGUAGUCAGAGAUCUAAAAUAAAUUGUAUUAAUAAUGAAUUUUUAUAGCUUUAAUGGUUCAUAUUAUAUCUUUACCCAUGAUCCUUGUACAACUGCAAUUUUUUAUUUCUUUUCCAUAAUGUUAAAUUAUAUGUACAUUGACUCUAGUAAUCAUUUAUCGUAGAGCUUGAUAGCUCUUAGAAAGUGGAUUUAAGACUAAUUCAAUCCUAUAAGUUUGUUAAAUUAGGUUUGUACCCAUCUAUAUAUUGUAAUUUGCCUAUAUCUCUCUAGUCAUAGUAGGAUCUCAAACAUGUUCCCUCACACCAAGGACUAGAUGUCUCAAAUAUAUUUGUGGAUGGUCCUAGAUUGUUAAUGCUGCAACCUUUCGUCCAGUGAAUCCCUCUCAAGCAAAUUUAAACAUUUUGAGCAAUCUCUCUCAAGCCUGGCAGGUAAUGAACUCUGCUGGCUUAAAUGGUGGAACCUCUAUGGGACUUCUGUCAAUGGGUUAGACUCUUUUUGCCAUGCACAUGUUAAACAUAAUAUCUAGUGGGAUGCUAUUUUCUGAACCCACGGUUCAGUGUAUCUUCAUCUAGACAGUUAGGAAUAACAUCACUAACCCUGGGUCUCUUUUCUGUUCCUACACAUGUUGGACAGAAUCCCGGGCUCGGUUCAUUAUCUUCCAACACUUCUAAUUUGUCUUCAAGAUCAAACAUUGGGAUUUCAUUACCAUUGGGUAAUCUUCAAGGGGCUGUUUGUAUGGGACCACAGGUGUCUAGUAUUAGCCAAGGAAACCUUUUAGGGCCCCAAAUGGUGCAAGGUGGGGGUUCCCAUUCUGUAUUAAGGGCAUUG